AUGGCCUCUCCUCAAGAGGUGCCAACGCUGCCUGCCAGCGAAACAAAGCAGGCUCUCGAAAAGUCUGACUCCCAACCGACACCGUCAAUCAACCAUGCCGAACAUUCCAUCUUCGAAGAAGAAGAGCCCAAAGUUGCUUGGUCCACCAUUCUCGCCGUCUUCUUCAUGGGCUUGACCUAUAUCCCCGCCAUCGCGACAGCUUUCCUCAUGCCAACCCAAAUUAUCCAACAAAUUGGCAUGGCCUUGGGCGAUACGGAGAAUAUUGCUUGGAUUCCUGGUGGUUGGUCUAUCGGUGCUGCUGUUUCGUUCUCGGUGGCUGGAGGGUUGAGUGAUGUUUUUGGAAGAAGAUGGGUGUUGUUGAGUGGUCAGACUAUCAUCUUGAUCGUUUGUGCUCUUGCUGAGAGUACUCUUCGAAUCGUCGCCGGAACUACGCUGGUUGGCUUCGGCGCUGGUGUCAUCAUGGUAUCUUAUCCUGGUAUCAGUGAGCUUCUUCCCAACAAGUACAGAGGUAUCGGCAUCGGAUGGACCGAAUUCUGCAUCUGCAUCCCCUGGGGCUCCCUCAGCGGUCUUAUCGCCACUCAACUCUACCUCAAGGCAACUUGGAGAUGGUGCUACUAUAUCACUAUCAUUUACGCAACCAUCUGUCUCAUCGGCACCUUCAUAUGCUACUUCCCUCCAUCCCGUCCACAGCAUGACUUUGAGAAGACACGUUGGCAGCAGGUCAAGGAGUUGGACUACGUUGGACUCCUCCUUUUCGCUACUGGUCUUACCAUCUUUCUCAUUGGAGUCACUUUCCUCGGUGCUGCUCACAGAUCUACCGCACUUGUCGCAUCGACUAUAUCCAUUGGUGCCUGUGUCUUUAUCGGCGCUUUCAUCUACGACUUUACUAUCCCAAAAAAGCCUCUCUUCCCACGCAAGCUAUUCCGCAUGUACAGAGAGUUCACGGUCUAUCUUGUUAUCCUCUUUGUCUGUGGUAUGAUCUGGCAGGCCAUGGUCACGCUGGGCAACCAGGGUACUCUAUUCAUGUUCACAAAUGAUCUCGUCGAAAUAGGCUACAUCUCCAUUCCGGCGAACAUGUCGGGUGUCAUCGGAGGUUGGAUCAUGCCUACUCUUGUGCACAAGAUCAAGCAUAUUCGGUACCAGUUCCUGUUCGCGCUUCUCCUUCAAACUGUUUUCACGGCAUCAUACGCCACUGUUAUUCCUCACAAUAAGACCGGUUGGAUGCUUUUGCCCAUGUUCGGCCAAGCAUGCUUCACUUGGCUUACAGUCUUGUCCUACGUCUCAUCUGGUCUGUUGGUCCCACAAGAAGAGCUCGGAGUCUCGGCUGGUCUUAUGGGAACUUUCCGCAGCGCUGGAGGAUCUCUCGGCAAUGCCAUGUUCAGCACAAUCGUGACAUCGAUUACUAACCGCAAUCUUGCGAAGAAUAUUGCUGGAGCAGCCAUGGGUGCUGGGUACUCAGCGAAGGACUUACCAGCUCUGAUCCCAGCGGUGAUUCAGAAUGCGGUUGGUGUGCCUUUCGCCUUGGCCAAGGUGCCAGGUGUUACUGAACCUGUUCUUCAGGCGACUACUGCCGCGUUCAAGAACACUUAUGCAACGGCGUUCAAGACUGUGUUUUUGUCUACCAUUCCGCUUGGUGUGGUCGCCAUGGUGGCAGCGGCAUUCAUUCACGACCCGAGUCACUUGCUUAAUAACCACGUUGCUGUUCAUCAAGAGAAGGAAGUAUUGGGGAAGAAGAACGAGGUUGAGAUGGUGAGCAAGGUUGUAGAUUAA